UGGUUUUGUAGUCUGUUAAGAGUACAAGUUUUGGUAUUUGUACAAAACGUACUGCCAUCGCAGCUUUUCGUGUGUUUUGUAUCAGAAGGGCUUUGGUUUUGAAAACACGAAUCUUAAAGCGGAGAAAACCGUGUCUACGCUGCAUUAGAAAUAACUCGAACAGAACAGAGAUCAUUGUAUUCUGCGAAGGACACGGUUAAUCACUCUUAGGCUUCUACAGCUCCCCUUAAGUUUUUAGCGAGGUGAAAGGUACAAAAAUAUGCACAGGCGGCUGGGCGUCCCUCACAAAUCUGUUUUCUCUCACUCUCGAGCACCGAGGGGUUCGUCUUCUCCGAGAAUGAAUGUUUCCAAAAGUGGGUACCGGGUGUUCUCUGCUAACUCCACAGCAGCGUGCACGGAGCUGGCCCGGAAGAUAACCGAGCGUCUAGGGGUUGAACUGGGGAAGUCUGUGGUCUACCAGGAAGCCAACAGAGAAACACGGGUAGAUGUUAAAGAAUCUGUUCGUGGGCAAGACAUCUUCAUCAUACAGACAAUCCCUAGAGAUGUGAACACAGCCAUCAUGGAGCUGUUAGUCAUGGCGUAUGCUCUCAAGACCUCCUGUGCAAAGAACAUCAUAGGUGUCAUCCCUUACUUUCCUUACAGCAAGCAGUGCAAAAUGAGAAAGAGGGGCUCCAUUGUGUGCAAACUGCUGGCAUCCAUGCUGGCUAAAGCAGGGUUAACUCAUAUUAUCACCAUGGAUUUACACCAGAAAGAAAUCCAGGGAUUCUUCAGCUUCCCUGUGGAUAACCUGAGAGCUUCCCCCUUCCUGCUGCAGUACAUACAGGAGGAGAUUCCGGAUUAUCGAAAUGCAAUUAUAGUGGCAAAGUCACCGUCAGCUGCUAAACGGGCGCAGUCAUACGCGGAGCGGCUGCGGCUCGGGCUGGCGGUGAUGCACGGCGAGGCGCAGUGCUCGGAGUCCGACAUGGCUGACGGGAGACACUCCCCUCCUUCUGUCAGAAACAGCACCGGACACCCAGGCCUGGAGCUGCCAUGGAAGCAGCAGGCUCCAUUUCCUGGCAUUGAGCUCCCAAUCAUGAUGGCAAAGGAAAAGCCGCCUAUCACAGUCGUUGGGGAUGUAGGAGGAAGAAUCGCCAUUAUUGUAGAUGAUAUCAUAGAUGAUGUGGAAGAUUUUGUAGCUACUGCAGAGAUUCUGAAGGAACGGGGCGCAUACAAGAUCUACAUCAUGGCGACGCACGGCCUGCUGUCUGCAGACGCCCCCCGUCUGAUCGAGGAGUCAGCUAUUGAUGAGGUUGUCGUGACCAACACCGUGCCUCACGAGGUGCAGAAGCUGCAGUGCCCCAAGAUAAAGACUGUGGAUGUCAGCAUGAUCUUGGCAGAAGCCAUUCGCAGGAUCCACAAUGGGGAGUCCAUGGCCUACCUGUUCCGCAACAUCACGGUGGACGACUAGAGGAGCAGACAGCAGGGGGCGCAACCGAGAUCUCCAUCCUGGAUAAAAAUGGCAGCAGGGCAAAACCUCAUUUCUGAGCACAGGAAGGCAGCUGAAGGCAAUAAUAAUGUAUCUUCCACUCCCACCUGUGUCCAGCCCACCAUGCUUGUGAGGUCAGAGGUUGCUGCCAUGAUAGUUGGGUCAAAGGUGGCAUGGCUUAUCGGUCAGGGUUUUUUUUUUCCAUUUUAUUACCUAAUUAGUGAUCUGUUAAUGGAAGAUGUCCAAGAAGCUAAAUGAUGGCUUUUCACAGCUGUAACACCAUUGUGCUAGUUUGUUCAUAAUUUAUAUUUUAUUAAUCGGUACUCUGUGCAGUCAAAGUAUAUGUGCAUAAAAAUCAUACACCGUAGGAACCUUUCCAACUUAACGAGUUUGCUAACAUCUCUGUCAUACUCUUGCCUUCACUUUUUUUUGUCCGAGUCAGUGAGUGUUUUUUCUGUUCUUCUUAAGUCAACGCACAAAAAAUAGACCUGGCACUUGUUUCUGAAUUCUGCAGUGUAUUGAAGGAGUGGACAAAAAUAUGCCAGAUGCAUUCAGGAUCACUUUACCAUCUUCCUCCCUGGUACUGAAGUGCUGUUCAAGGGCUUCAAAAAAGCUGAGGGGCAGACCUUUUUGGAUGGCAUGCUUAGUGCAGUAUUUUCUUGACGCUGUCCAUACCAAAUAGUAAAAUUAUUUUUGUGUGCGAUUCUUCACCAGCUCUUCAGCAUACGAGUGGCUGUUGCAAGAUUUUCUGUAAGUGGAGCCUUGAGAAACCUGGCAGAUCAGAAGUCUGUUUUGCUACGUGUGCAGGAUUAGCAAGAGCCUGUAAGGAGUCAGUGUGUUCAGUCAGCUUUCAAACCGUAUUCCAGGCAUCCUCACAAACUAUCUUAAGAUGAUUGUCAGGUUUAUGAAGGGCUAGUUGCACCUGAUCUCUUGAGGGGGAUGUAUUUGAAUGGUGUUAUUAACAGUAUAUACUGGACUGUGUUUAGUCGGGCUGGAGUACCUCUCCAACACUUUCCUAUCUUUUUUUGAUCAGGUGAGGGAAGCCUUCCUGGACUAAAUGUGGAUUUAUAUGACUUGAGAAAGUGGUGUGGUAUGAAAGUCAGCACCAUUGCUUCCUCCAGUGUAACAAAGCCUCUCUAUUGAGUCUCUAUUGAAUUUAAUAGGGGGCAAUUCUUGAGCUCCUGUCUGUAGGCUUAGUGCAGCCGUUGUGUUAAAGGCCUCUAGGUUACUGGUGACACCUGCUGGUUUAACUCUGUUAAAUCUGCAGAAUGCUGCUCUGUCCUGGCAGCUGAAUGCGAAGGCACAGCUGGGCCUUUUGCAGUGCAGCCUCUUCGGUCUCUCCAUCCAGCCUGUAGAUCUGCCAGUCCGCUGCUCACUGUGAUCUUUUUGAAGUGCUGUAAUGCAAAGUAGUAUGCAGACAAACUCAAAAGUGCUGCCAGCUGAAUUCACCUGCAGUAUGUAAAGCUUUUAGUCUUUAUACUGUUGGUGGAGAUGGCCAUGCUUAAAAGGCGUUCAGUUUGGAAAAAAUUCUCAUCUUCCUGAGAAGUGAACAGUAUUGGAAAUAUGAGAAGGCGUACUUUAUCUCUCAGGCUUUGUCGUCAUGCUUUGGGGACUGUGUAACAGUUUAACGCCUCCUUUUAAAACCAAGCAAAAAUUACACACGCAGUAUUAGUGUGGCUGCAAUAAGCAUCUUUUUAAUGCACAGAAUAUUUGCACUGAUUGUUUUGAAGUCUAAGUUUCUGAAGCAUAUUCAGUAAACAACAUUGGCCAAGAUCUAUCAGUGAAUGGCUGUCGAAUCUGAUGCUUUGCAAGUCCUGCAGUGUGCUUGUUCAGCAUGCGGUUAAUGCCUCUCUGUGUUUAGUAGAAGUGGCUCAAACGUGUACAUGUGGAUUUUAAGUUGAGGAUAAUUCCCUCCCUCCCCCCCCCUCCAUCUUGGAGCAGUCUUUUGAGGAUGAAGGUUUUUUUUUAUUUUUGAAGGGCUGAUCAUUAUAAUCCCUACUACAGUGGCUUGUGUGCUCUCUGCCUUUGUGGAGUUAAGCUUUUUAAAGAGCUUAAAGUGUUUGGAAAGUCGAAAGGUUGUAAGUUCUGUACAGAUGUUGUUCUACCAUAACAUGGUGUUUUGUGCAUAUAUAGACUGUUAAGAGGCUCCUUUUUCUUAGGAAUUCAGGUUUAAAAUGUUUUCCUAGCAAUACUGAUGUGAACAUGCAUGUACUGCUGUUUGUUUUCCAAGUGGAAGGAUGUUGCUGGACCAAGCUGAGCUGAUGUUCUGUUUCCUUGCUUCAGGAUAGCCUGUUGAGUAUUCAUUAGGGUCAAAGGCAGGACUGAUCACUUGCAGUAAGAAAGCACUACAUCUUCAUGAGACUUCACCACAUUGUAGCAUCUCUCUUUACAUUUUUAAUUGCUGUUCUUUAUAUUUGCUGUGCUAGGUUACGUCCAUUUUCCAUCUUUGUAUUUGAAAAAUGCUUUGAGCACGUUACAGCUUCAUAUUUGAUUUCACCUCUAAGGGACUGGCUUGGUUUUGUGUUUGUAGCCUAAUAAUAAAAAGGAAAUGUAUAUA